GUGGACACUCUGCAGCCUGCAGGGCUUUUUGAGGCGGAGUGACGCGGACCCGUCCAGCACUCGCACGGAGCGUGUGCGCACUCGCGCACGGACCGCGCGGCUGCGCGUAAUCGAGGAUCCACAGAAGCUCCUGUGUGACAUCCUGAAAGCAGCUGCUCCACAGCCUCACCAUGAGUGGGAAAAGCCCGCUGGAUCCCACGGCGUGACGGGCUCCGCGUGCACUGAGCAGCGCGGCCAUCGGGCCCGCCCACUCUCACGACAACAUGUCAAUCAAAUUACUGCCUUUACUUCUGUUGGCUCUUCGCACAUGCUGUCAGGAGUAUGAGGAGGACUACGAGGACGUCACUGUCAAUCAAAUGCUGGCUCCCAAAUCCCAGCAAACAGACGCCACGGAAAUACUCAACAAUCUGCUGAAAGAAUACGACAAGAAACUGCGCCCGGACAUUGGAGUUAAGCCUACAGUCAUAGAUGUUGACAUCUACGUAAACAGCAUUGGACCAGUGUCCUCAAUAAACAUGGAAUACCAAAUUGACAUCAUCUUUGCACAGACAUGGACAGACAGUCGUCUCAGAUACAACAGCACAAUGAAAAUAUUGACUUUAAACAGUAAUAUGGUUGGAUUGAUUUGGCUACCAGAUACCAUCUUCAGAAAUUCCAAAAAUGCAGAAUCCCACUGGAUUACAAUGCCCAACCAGCUCCUAAGGAUAUGGAAUGAUGGAAAGAUACUUUACACACUAAGAAUGACAAUAAAUGCAGAAUGCCAACUGCAGCUACACAACUUUCCGAUGGACACACAUUCCUGCCCACUCAUCUUCUCCAGUUAUGGGUACCCACAAGAUGAGAUGAUUUACAAGUGGAGGACGAAUUCUGUGGAGGCGGCUGACCAAAAGUCCUGGCGACUCUACCAGUUUGAUUUUAUGGGCCUGAGGAACACUACGGACAUAAUAAAGACGACAGCAGGUGACUAUGUGGUGAUGACUGUGUACUUUGACCUGAGCAGAAGGAUGGGAUACUUCACCAUCCAGACUUACAUCCCCUGCAUCCUCACCGUGGUCCUCUCCUGGGUCUCCUUCUGGAUCAAAAAAGAUGCCACACCAGCCAGAACUGCUUUAGGUAUCACCACGGUGCUGACCAUGACUACGCUUAGUACAGUAGCCAGGACGUCUCUGCCCAGAGUGUCUUAUGUGACCGCUAUGGACCUUUUUGUCACCGUCUGCUUCCUCUUUGUCUUUGCUGCACUAAUGGAAUACGCCACGUUAAACUACUACUCAUACAGUGCCCGAAGACCCAACUGUAUCCAGACUAAACAAUCCAACUACUCGGUGCUGGAUGUGAGAUCACCACACACAGUCAUCACGUUGAACAACUUGUACUGGCAGGACUUUGAGGAAGCAUGUGUCUACGAGUGUCUGGAAGGCAAAGACUGCCAGAGCUUCUUCUGCUGCUUUGAGGAGUGUAAAGGAGGUGCAUGGAGAAAAGGACGUGUCCACAUAGAUAUACUUGAACUGGACUCGUACUCGCGUGUAUUUUUUCCUACCUCCUUCUUGCUCUUCAAUGUGGUCUACUGGGUAAGUUACCUCUACCUUUAGCACUGCGUGUGCCGAGCAGAUUGUUCUGCCUCUGUGACUUCAGGUACGACAACACAACACGUGACCCGCUCUCUUCAUACGCUGCACACAUGGAGGACAUCAAAGACAAAAUGAAGACAAAGAAGGAAAUGUGUUUGCACUGCUACCCCAAACCUGUCAGUCAGAAAGCAGCGCACUAUCCUGCCAUCAGUCAAAACUAGUAGGUGAACAUCCAAGGACACUCUAAGCAUUCAUAGUGCCUUCCUCUGGAGGGGUAGAUAACGAUCAGGGAACAAUGAGUCGAAAAAGACGAGCCUGGCUUUGACUGAUUGUCACUGUUUAUUCAUAAAUAAAACAUCAAUUUGUUGUCACAAACAAUCACACAAAGAAUCAUGAGGCUGCCAGUCAUCAGACCAUCAGCAGUGAUGCACGUCUCCUGCUCUGGUAGCACAGAUCCUGUGAAUUGGCUUCCAAGGAUCCAGAACACAUUAAUUUCACAACAAAAAAGUCAUUUGUAUUUUAGUAGCAAAAUUCAAUGAAUUAGGAUAUUAAAGUCUGUGCUUUAUAUGUUAUAUUUUAUUCAUAUUUACCACCUGGUGUUCCAGGUGUCACCCCUCACUCUCCACGCUACCACAAACAAUGGA